ACGUUCAGUUGGACAAAGCUCAAGUCAUUCGUAUAAAGGAAGUGGUAAGACAUUGUUCGUACUACAAAUAAAUCGAUUUCAUAAAAAUACAACAAAGCGCAGUUAGGAAGUGAUGUCAAUGAAAAUCAACAACAUUCUAUAUUAAAAGUGCAUUUUAUAUAAAAUAACUCGUGAAUAAGAAAAAUCGCAAUAAACAUACAUUCUUCCAAACAAAAGUGCUUCAAAUUAAAGAAAUUCGACAUUCAAAGUGAAAAUAAAAAUCAAUCAAAUCGCAGAAGCGUAUCUAGUACCAAAGAACAAAUACUGAGCACAAGGCUUAAUUUCAAAGUAUUAAUAGUUUAGUAAUAAGCAUUUGACAAAACACACAGACAAAAUGAAUGCUGAGGAGUUUAGAAAAUAUGGCAAGGAUAUGGUGGAUUAUAUUUGUGAUUACGCAAAAAAUAUUGAACAACGUGACGUAGCGCCAACAUUGGAUCCAGGAUAUUUAAAAAAAUUAUUGCCAGUCAAAGCGCCAUUGAAACCUGAAAAAUUCGAAGAUGUUCUAGCUGACUUUGAGGAAAAAGUUAUGCCAGGUGUUGUGCAUUGGAAUCAUCCGAAAUUCUUCGCAUACUUUCCUUCGGGCAACUCAUUCCCUUCAAUUUUGGGUGAUAUGCUGAGCGCAGCUAUCGGUUCGAUCGGUUUCUCAUGGGCAUCCUGUCCCGCGUCUACAGAACUUGAAACCAUUGUACUUGAUUGGUAUGCGAAAGCGCUUGGAUUACCCAAAGCCUUCAUCAGUGAUCUACCAGGCAGUAGAGGUGGUGGUGCACUACAAGGAUCAGCAUCCGAAUGUACACUCGUCUGCAUGAUUACAGCACGCUCACGUGCCAUUCAAAAACUGAAAGGCGUAUGCUCAGAGAUACACGAAAGCGUUUUCCUGCCACAAUUGAUCGCAUAUGCUAGCAAGGAAGCACAUUCCUCGGUAGAGAAAGCAGCUAAAAUGGCUCUCGUAAAACUGCGGAUUAUUGAGGCUGAUGAACGUGGACGCAUGCGUGUUGAUUUGUUGCGACAGGCAAUGCAAAAUGAUGCAAACGCUGGCCUUACCCCAUUUUUCGUUGUUGCCACAGUUGGUACGACAGGAGCUUGUGCAUUUGAUAAUCUCACUGAAAUCGGUAAAGUGUGUAGAGAGCUGCCAAACGUGUGGUUCCAUGUGGAUGGCGCAUAUGCAGGCAAUUCGUUCAUUUUACCAGAAAUGCGUAAAUUCUCAGAGGGUUUAGAAUCUGCUGACUCAUUUAACACGAAUCCCAACAAAUUGCUGCUUACAAAUUUUGACGCCUCCGCAAUGUGGGUCAAGGAUGUAAUGAGUUUGAAGACCGCUUUAAACGUUAACCCUUUGUAUUUGCAACACGAACAUGAGAAAGCUAUAGACUAUCGACAUUAUGGAAUACCUUUGAGUCGUCGUUUCCGUGCGCUUAAAUUGUGGUUUGUCUUUCGAUCAUAUGGUAUCAUGGGUCUGCAGGCGUACAUACGCAAUCACAUGGCAUUGGCGAAGAAAUUCGAAAUGCUUGUGCGAAAGGAUGAUCGUUUCGAGGUGAGAAAUGAUGUAUACUUGGGAUUGGUGUGCUUCCGCAUGCGCGCAGAGGACACGUAUAAUCAAGAGCUCUUGGCACAGAUCAAUCACUCGGGCAAGAUGCACAUGAUACCGUCUAUGGUGAAUGGCAAAUAUGUGAUUCGCUUCUGCGUAACGUACGAGCAUGCGACAGAGAAGGAUAUAACCGAUGCCUGGAGUGAAAUCAAAUCCUUUGCUGAUGAUAUUCUUCGCGAUGUGCCUGCUUUAUCGCCCACUCCCGAAAAGGAGAAAGUCGUUUCGGAACCUCAACCUGUUAUUGGCAAACCACCAAUUAAAAAGAAGCUUACUCGCACCAAAUCUUUACGUUUCUCGUUCACUCGCAGUAUAUCUCGAGAAAUGUAUGAAAGUCAAAAUGAACAUCUCAAGGAUGGUUGCACACCGAUUUUGGUGGUAGACUCUAACACCAUGCUGCAAAGUUUUAUGAAAGCAACAACGGACCAAAAAAAAUUACGAGGUAUUGAAGAUGAAGAAGCCGACGAAGCUAGUAAUUAGCCAAUACGACGAACAAAUUAAAUACAAAUUAAAGCACCAAGAGGCCUAGGCGCUGGGCGCCAUUCCUUUAUAAACCCGUACACAUAUUCUAUAUGUACAUACAUACUACAUUAAAAAGCUAUUAGCCCAGUUUUAGCUCAAAUUACCUCUAAACAAUUCAAUGCUUGUAUUAUUACUGUUCGAUUCUUUAAGUGAGCAAUUAA